AUUAACAUCUACAAACUCUAUUCGUUAAACGUUCUGCAACUGAAGCGCCCUUCAUGGCAGCUACUGAGUCAUCGAAACAAGACCAAACUCAAGAGCUAAAGCUUCAAAGCUUCCUACCUUGAGACUAGAACUCAGCAAACCCAUGAAAAAUCAAACCCAAAGGUAAGACAUUUAACCAAACACUUGGUGUUCAUUUGUGUUCAGCUUAAACUUAGCCUUUCUUGUGCUUCUUUAUAAAUAAGCAUGACCCAUUUGCAGAAACUUAGAAAAAUAUCUAUCCUCAAAUGGGGUUCUUCAAGUUUUGUUGGAAACCCAAUUGGGUCAUUUUACUUUGCUCAAAAGCCUAGGCUUUAUAGAACAAAAAAAAGUGUUAAAACUGAAAAUGGUGGAAGUGUUAAUGAAGAUAUUAAAAAAGUCUCUGUUUCUACUAGAAGACAAGCUCAAGCUGCAUUAUCAGAAUAUUUGCAUUCCACUAGGAACUUACAGUUCAUAGAUGCUGAUAGUAUGAGCAAAAACUCACCUUUUUUUCUUCAAAAUAUUUUGAAAAGGGUUGAAAAUGAAGGAGAUAUUGGGUCGUCUAUUACGCGGUUUUUGCGUUAUCAUCCUAUUAAUGAAUUUGAGCUUUUCUUUGAGAGUUUGGGAUUGACGCCUAGCGAGUAUAGUCCUUUUCUUCCGCGUGAUUUGAUGUUUUUGAGUGAUGAUGAGUUGUUGCUAGAGAACCAUCAUGUUUUGUUUAAUUAUGGUAUCGAACGAAAUAAUAUAGGGAAGAUUUAUAAAGAAGCAACAGAAGUUUUUCGAUAUAAUGUUGGAGUUUUGCCAUCAAAGCUUCAAGCUUAUGAGAAACUGGGGCUUAGCCAGUCUGUUAUAAGGAAGUCUAUAGUCUGUACUCCUUAUCUUUUGAUUGGAAAUGUAAAUGAGGAAUUUGUUAAGGUGUUAGAAAUGUUGAAAAGUGUGGGAAUUGAAUUCUUUUGGAUUGAGGAACAUUUGUUAAAGAAAAAUUCUUGUAAUUGGCGUAUGAUGCUUAGUUUUUUAAGCUUACUUAGCGAGAUUUGUUGCAGUGAGGAACAGUUCGGUAGAAUAAUCAGGGAGCAUCCUGAACUUCUCUUGGAGGGAUCAGGGGAUAGGGCACUUACCCUGAUUGGUUUUCUACUAAAAUUCGGAUCAACAAAGAAUGAGAUAUGCUCGAUGUUUCAGCAGUUCCCACAAAUUCAAGUGGAGAAAUUUAUUUUGAAUUCGAGGCAAUGUUUUAUGUUCCUGAAUGAGAUUGAGAUGGAGGCUAAGGAGAUUACGAAUUUCGUCCGUGCUCACCCUGUGUUGCUUGGUUCAUGUUCUUUGAAGAAAACUAAUAGUUUACUUAAUGCCUUGAAUGUUGGAAAAAAACGUCUUUGUGAAUACAUCCUUGAGAACCCUCAAGAAAUGAAGAAAUGGGUUAUGGGGUCGAGAGUUGAGCCUUUCUCAAAUUCAGUAGAGAAGGAAAGAUCACAAAAGCUGAAGACCAAAUUUUUGAUAGGUGUAGGAUUUGUAAAGAACUCAAAAGAAAUGGAAAAGGCACAGAAGCUUGUACGAGCCAAAGGAUGCAAACUUCAGGAGAGAUUUGAUAUUCUCGCAAAAGCUGGUAUUGAUCGAAAAGAUGUUUGUGAAAUGGUAAGAGCAUGUCCUCUAAUCCUUAACCAGUCAAAGGAUGUCAUCAAAACAAAGAUAGACUUUCUUGUGAAUGAUUUGGAUUACCCUAUUUCGUCUUUGAUAUCAUCCCCCUCAUAUCUUUUGUAUACAAUGCAGAGGGUCAAGGUUAGAUUAUUAUUGUAUAAUUGGCUUAAAGAUCAAGGAGUAGUAGAACCUAUGUUGAGCUUGAGUACUUUAAUUACAUGUAUGGAUAACAUAUUUGAAGCUCGGUAUGUAAAUCUUCAUCCUGGAGGUCCUCAAGUUUGGCAGGAUCUAAAGAAACAAAAUUGUCCGAAAAAAUGAUAUGAAGAUCUUGAUUUAGUUCUUCAAUUUCAGAGAUAUGUCAUUAGUUGUUUAUACACACAUUGUUAAUUGAAGCUGAUUGUCUUCAAUUUUAGUGGCAGAUGAAAUUUAUGAAGCCAAGCAAACUCAUGACCAGGUAAUUGUUGUCGUAGUUCUUGUUUGUUUAUAGUUUCAUCGUUCUUUCAAGCAUUGGAGCUCCUUUGAGAAAUGGUUCUACCCAUCGUGUUUUACA